GCUCCUCCUCUCCUCCAUCUCCCGUCCUUGCUCAAAACACCACCCUCGACGCUGCCAUGACCGUCCCCCAAAACCCCUCCACCAGCCAGGACGUCGAGGCGCCUGCCCGCCCCAAGGAUGUCGGUAUCCUUGCCAUGGAGAUGUACUUCCCCCGCCGCUGCAUCUCCGAGGAGGAGCUCGAGGAGUUCGACAAUGUGCCCAAGGGCAAGUACACCAUCGGCCUCGGACAGAAGUUCAUGGCGUGCUGCGACGACCGCGAGGACAUCAACUCCUUCGCACUCACCGCGGUGAUCAACCUCAUCGAGAAGUAUGACAUCGACCCCAAAUCCAUCGGUCGCAUCGACGUCGGCACCGAGACGAUCAUCGACAAGUCAAAAUCGACCAAGACCCACCUCAUGGACUUCUUCGCCGAUGCCGGUAACACCGACAUCGAGGGUGUCGACUCUAAGAACGCCUGCUACGGCUCCACCGCAGCCCUCUUCAACGCCGUCAACUGGGUCGAGUCCUCGUCCUGGGACGGCCGGAACGCGAUCGUCGUCGGCGGUGACAUUGCCAUCUACGCCGAGGGCAGUGGACGGCCCACCGGUGGUGCCGGUGCAUUCGCCAUGCUCAUCGGCCCCAACGCACCCCUUGCGGUUGAACCGAUCCACGGCUCGCACAUGGUGAACACCUACGACUUCUACAAGCCCAAGCUCGACUCGGAGUACCCCGAGGUCGACGGCCCGCUCUCCAUCUCUGCCUACAUCUCCGCGAUCGACGCUUCCUACGCCGCCUUCCGCGCCAAGCACGCGAAGGCGAAGAAGCUCUCCGGGCACGCCGCCGGGCCCGCAUUCUCGCUCGCGGACGUCGACUUCCCGCUCUUCCACUCGCCGUACGGCAAGAUGGUGCAGAAGGCGCAUGCGCGCCUCGUGUACAACGACUUCCUCGCGAACCCGGACGCGCCGCGCUACGCGAACGUGCCCGAGCCGCAGGCGCUGCUCGCGCAGCCGUACAAGGCGUCGCUCACGGACAAGGCGCUCGAGAAGACGUUCAUGGGGCUCGCGAAGGCGGACUUCGAGGGCACGGUCGAGAAGGGCAUGAAGCUCGCGCGCCGCUGCGGGAACAUGUACACCGCGUCGCUCUACGGCGGGCUCGCGUCGCUGCUCGCGAGCGUCGAGCCCGCGGAGCUCCGCGGGAAGCGCAUCAGCAUGUUCGCGUACGGCUCCGGGCUCGCGAGCUCGUUCUUCACGCUCAAGGUCCGCGGCGACACCGCGCCGAUCCGCGAGAAGAUGGACCUCGUGCGCCGGCUGGAGAGCAUGAAGGUCGUGCCGUGCCAGGAGUACGUCGACUCCCUGGCGUUGCGCGAGAAGAACCACAACGCGGGCUCGUACACGCCCACGGGCUCGCUCGACAACAUCUGGCCCGGCGCGUACUACCUCGAGGCGAUCGACGCCAAGUACCGCCGCACGUACAUCCGCGCGCCCAAGGCGUGAGGACGUCCGCGCCCCCCUCAACUCUUUGCUCGUGCCCGUCCCCAUUCGCUGAACCCUUGCUGUCGCCUACGCAUAUAAUCGAUACCUCGUACCACACCCAUCGACGUCCUCCGCACCCAUCUAAUCGAUCUGUCCCCCCACGCCGCAUACCACUACUUACCUCGUUAUUUCUCCCCACCCUCCGGCCCGCGCGCGUUGUGCGGCGCGUGCGAUGCGUUGUUGUAGUUUCUCGCAGCCGGAGUGGUCGUUGGUCCUUCGGUAGAGCCCGCGUCUCGGACGCAUGUAUGAGUAUCAUUGCAUAAAUACCACUACUAGACGCGC